AUAAAAACACUUUCCAUUUCACAACGGCUACUAUCUGACAUUUCUCAUCUUUAACAACACAAAAAAGCCCAUCAAUUGAAUUUCUUCAACCUCCAACUUAAACCCAAAUUCUCUUUUUCUGUUGAAUGGAAUACAACCCAAAAUCUUACUGUCAGGUGAUUUAGUAGAUCUAGCUGUGGCUUGAGGAAAUGGAAACAGUACAUGAAGCACUAGAUGAGGCCAAACUUGAAAUUGAAAAGCUCAGGGCAAACUACCAAAGUAAAGCUGAGUUAUGCGAUAACUUGAAACGAGCCCAAAACGAGCUAGUAACCAAGAAUCGGGAGGCAAAUUUGAAAGUAGAGAAGCUCACUCAUGAAUUGACUGGGAAAGAAGAUGAACUUGCUGUCACGAAACAACUGUACGAAGCAAUUGAGGCGAAACUAAAAGAUAAGGAGACUGCUGUCAAGCAUCUAAGCUCUACAAAUGAUAAGCUUCGUGCUGACUAUGCUGAGAUGCUUCGAAAAUGUGAAGAAGAGAAUAAAGGGUUGGCAUUGGCUUUAGAUGGUGCCAAUGCAACCAAUAUGGAUUUGGAGCAUCAGGUUCGUUCUCUCAAACAAGAAAUUGAAGGGCUAAGGAAAGAUGCAUCGGCUUCACAGAAGAGAAAGUCCUCGGAAGAUGAGAAGAGAGCCAAAGACACCAAAGAGCUGAGAGACAAUAACGAUAUGCUACUGGAUAUAGAGGAGGAAAACAGGAAGCUCGCGGAUCAACUAAAAUGGAGGAAGGAACAGUUCAUGAAUCUGGAGGAGGCUCAUGGCAAGCUCAGGCAACAACUUCAAAAAUGUGAAGAAGAGAAUAAAGGGCUGGCAUUGGCUUUAGAUGGUGCUAACUCAAAUAAUAUGGAUCGGGAGCAACAGAUUCGUUCUCUCAAACAAGAAGUUGAAGGGCUAAGGGAAUUUGUAUCGGCUUCACAGAAAAAGUCCUCGGACGCUGAGAAGAGAGCCAAAGCAUCCAAAGAGCCGAGACACAAUGAUGAUAUGCUACUUGAUAUGGAGGAGGAGAACAGGAAGCUCGCCGAUCAGCUAAAAUGGAAGAAGGAACAGUUCAGUCAUCUAGAGGAGGCUCAUGGCAAGCUCAGGCAACAGCUUCGAAAAUAUGAAGAAGAUAAUAGAGGGCUGGCAUUGGCUUUAGAUGGUGCAAAUGCAACUAAUUUGGAUCAAGAGCAACAAAUUCGUUCUCUCAAACAAGAGAUUGAGGGGCUACGGGAAUUUUUAUCAUCUUCACAGAAGAAGUCGUCUGAAGCUGAGAAGAGAGCGAACGCAUCCAAAGAGCUGAGACACAAUGAUAAUGUGCUACUUGAGAUGGAGGAGGAAAACAAGAAGCUCACCGAUCAACUUAAAUGGAAGAAAGAACAGUUCAGUCAUUUGGAGGAGGCUCAUGGAAAACUCAGGCAACAACAUCAAGAGGAGGAGAAAGAAUGGGUAAAGGAGAGAUGCACAUUGCUGGAUGAGAUUUCUAAGCUGCAGUUGAAUUUAGAUUCUCAGCUUAGAAUAUCAAAAGAUCUUGAAAGCCGAUUGUGGAUUUGCAAUCAGGCUUUAGCUCAUGAAGAAAGCAGGAGAAAGCUACUGGAAGUUCAACUUGCCGAGUCUAAAACAUCCUUUGAUAGUGUCUGUGCAGAGUAUGAGGAAUCAAAGUCUACAAUUGAGAGCUUGACAAGUCAGAGGGACAAAGAAAUUGCGAAUCUAAGAGACAUAUUGGGCACAAGGGAUGCACUUCACAAGGAAAUGGAGUACCAAUUCAGGAGGCUAGAGCAAGAAAAUCAUGAACUGAUGACAUCCCUUAAAGAAUUCCAGGAAGCAAAAAUUCAAGAAGCUGGAGCUUCUUCUUCUUCCUUGUCAAAACUCCGAAACAAGCUCAAAGGCGUGGAGCAGGUGCACAAGGACUGUUUUAGAAAUCUCAAAGCCAAAGAAGCUGAAUGGGCUUCUAAAUUGGAGCAACUUACGUGGGAGCUUGAUUGCUGCAAGUCUUCAUUACAGAGCAAAGACACUUUAAUAACUGAACUUCAAGAGGAGUUAGAGACAUGUGAAUCACUGACACUGCAGUUAACACUACAGAAUGAGGAGACUUCAAUGAUGCUGUUAGUGUUAAAAUCUCAGUUUUUGGAGCUCCAUCAAAGAGUUGCUGAUGAUUAUGCUUCUAUAGAACUGGAAAAGAGAGAAGGAGUUGAGAAUAUUUCUACUCUAAUCAAGCAGCUGAAUACGAAGAAUGAAGCUCUUGUUAGAGUUCAGAAAGAUCUUGAAAAGGAGCGUGAAAAGGUAGCACUGCUAUCAGAAAAGGUCGAGUCGUUGAACUCUGAAGAACAACAACAGCAGCUUCCUUUACAAAGAGAGGUUGAUACACUGAAGAAAAUGCUAAAAGAAGCAUCGGCUUCUCAACAUCAUUUAAAGGAGCAGGUAUUGCAUACAAAGAGUGACUUGAAACAAGUUCGCGAUGCCUUGGAUAGAGCAAAUGAAGAACUAGCUGAAAGUUUCAGUGAAGGAAAUGAACUGGAAUUUGAAUUGCAGGUGUGGAAAUCUGUUGCUGAAAAGUUGAAAGCCAGCCUGGAAGAAAACCAACAAAUGAGGAGACAAGUAGAAGCCUCCCUUCUUGCCCAAGCCGAUGUUGAAUUUGACCUCAAACUAGAGACAGAAAGCCUUGAACUCAAGCUAGCAGAAAAAGAUAGAAGAGUGAAUGAACUCCAGCAGCAGCUCUUCGACUUGAAUGAGGAACUCCAGAGAAGGGAACAGAAAGCACUGCUCAAUGAUGAUGACAAGAAGAUCUCUCAGGAUCUUCAGAAGGAGGUGGAGUAUUUGGAGCAAGAAUGGGUGAGAAAAGAGCUUGAAGGUGCCAUUUUAGCACAAGUGGAAGCAGAAACAAAGCAUAAGAACGAGAAAGAGAACCUUCAUCAGCUUGUUGACCUUGAACUCAAGCUGGCAGAAAAAGAUAGAAGAGUGAAUGAACUCCAGAAGCAGCUCUUCGACUUGAACGAGGAAUUUCAGAGAAGGGAACAGAAAGCACUGCUCAAUGUUGAUAAGAAGAUCUCUCAGGAUCUUCAGAAGGAGGUGGAGUAUUUGGAGCAAGAAUGGGUGAGAAAAGAGCUUGAAGGUGCCAUUUUAGCACAAGUGGAAGCUGAAACAAAGUAUAAGAACGAGAAAGAGAGCCUCUACCAGCUUGUUGAAGAGAAAGACCACAGAAUAUAUGAUCUCCAGCAGCUUGUCAACUCACUGGAAAAUGAAUUUGAAAGUUUAACUAGUUCAUUCUCAGUCAGACUCUCAGAGAUGCAAGCAGAGGUUGAUAUGUUUCAUAAAACUUGGGAGAAGAUGAGAACAGCUGAGAUUCUGAAGGAGAUUGAAAUACAGAUGAGGAACUUGGUGAUUGCUGAGUUGGAAAAUGAUUUGUCCGUUUCUGUUGGAGAAAGGACAGAGCGUGAAGCUGAGCUAGAAGUGAAAAGAUCAGAGAUAGACGUGUUGCAGCUUAGACUUGAAAAACAAAUAAGAAGUUCGGAUAUUGUGAUCAAGAAACUUCAUGGAGAAAAAGCGAAGCUUCUUGACGAUGUCAAUGAAUUGUCAUCAGACAAGGACAAGUUGCUUGAUACUUUCAUGCGACUAUCAGAAAGAAUUGACCUGAUAUCUAAGGAAGAUAUGCAGUUAAGUGAGAGUUUGGAAAGGAUGGUACAAAACUGUGACAACAGCAGUAUGUUGGAAACAGACUUGAAAUGGGAUGAUGAAUUUGAUCCUGUUAAAGAGAAUAAAAAUAGACGACAGCCUUCCACUCCAACCAAGAGAUUAGAAGCUAUUAUUGAUGAUAGAUCGCCGUUGAGAUCUCUCAACAAUUAGCUUGUGUAAUUCAGAAUAGGGAAGAGAAGUUAUUUUUUGUAUAGCUUCUUGAAAAAUGUAGUCUUUAGUCAUCUUUGUUAUUUACUUAUUUAAGAAACCAAGGAAAACUGUCAUUUACAUCUGCAUUUUGACUUCUAAUCUUCCAUUUUCUUUA